AAGUCUUAGUCUUUAUAAAAAAUUAUUCUCCUUCUAAAGAAAUGGUUAAAUACAUCAAAAAUGUAUUCUUUAAAAAAAAAAGACUUUAAACGUCUUCUUAAAAAUGUAUUCUUCCAAAAAACCCUUAAAAAGGCUACAUAAAAAAUGUAUUCUUUCAAAAAAAACUCCUUAAAACGUCUUCAUAGAAAUGUAUUGUUCUAAAAAAAAAAUGUCUAAAAACGUCUCCAGGAAAAUCGAUUCUGCAAAAAAGGCUUAAACUUCCAUAUGAAAAUUGAUUAAUAAAAAAUAGUCUAAGAAUGUCUUCAUAAAAAUGGAUAAAACAUUUUUCAAAUGCCUUAAAACAUCUUUAAAAAAUGUAUUCUUAAAAAAAAUGCUUUAAAAUGUCAUCAUGAAAAUGGAUUCUUCUUCUAAAAAAAUGUCUAAAAACCUCUUCAUAAAAAGUUAUUCUGCAAAAAGGCUUAAACUUCCUUAAAAAAAUUGAUUAUUAAAAAAGUCCCUUAAAACCCAUUCAUUUUAACGUCUUCAUAAAAAUGUAUUUUUCAAAAGAGUUUAACAUCUUCAUAAAAAUGGAUUUUUCCAAUUUAAAAAAGUUUUAAAAAGUCUUUCUAAAAAUCUAUUUUUCUUCUCAAAUGAAAAAUAUUUAAAUACGUCUUCAUAAAAAAUGGAUUCUUUCAAAAAAGAAAAAAGCCUUAAAAUGUCCUCAUAGAAAUGUAUUGUUCUUCUAAAAAAUAAAAAGUCUAAAACGUCUUUGUAAAAAUGUGUUCUGCAAAAAAGGCUAAAACUUCCUUAUAACAAUUAAUUCUUCCAAAAAAGUCUAAAAAUGUCUUCAUAAAAAUAGAUUGAAGAUUUUUUUAAAUGCCUUAAAACAUCUUCAAAAAUGUAUUCUUCAAAAAAAUGUUUUAAAACGUCAUAAAAAUAGAUUUUUCUUCCAAAAGUUUUUUCCAAAACCAUCUUCAUAAAAAUUAAUUCUGCGUAAAAAGCUUCAAACUUCCUUAUAAAAAUAGAUUAUUUAAAAAAAUCCCUUAAAAUGUCUUCAUAAAAAUGUAUUUUUCAAAAAAGUCGAAAAACGUCUGCAUAAUGGAUUCUUCCAAUUAAAAAAAAAAGUCUUAAUCUUUAUAAAAAAAUAUUCUCCUUCUAAAAAAACGUUUAAAUACCUUUUCAUAAAACAUGUAUUCUUUAAAAAAAAAAAGGAAAAUGCUGUAUUCUUUUUGUAAAAUGUUUUUUUUCUAAAAACGUCUUCUUAAAGACUUAUUCUGCAAAAAAGGCUUAAACUUCCUUAUAAAAAUGUAUUCUUCCGAAAAAAAAGUUUAAAAAUUAUUAAAAUGCUUUCAGAAUGCUUUAAAAUUGUCUGUAAAUAAAAUAGACUUUUCUAAAAAAAAAAAAAAAAAAAAAGUCUUUUUUUUAAAACGUCUUCAAAAGAAUUUAAUCCUAAAAAAGAAAAAAAAAAAGCCUGGAAACUUCUUCCUAAAAAUUUUUGAUUUGGAACGGGGAAGAAAAAAAAGAAUGGCGGGUUGGAAUGCGAAUGACGUAAUCGUGACGUUGGGCACUUCAUGAACGAUGCGGUGAGCAGGGUGCGUGGGCAUGCUGACGUCAUCGCCAGGACCACCCCCAACGCAGCAGAUGUGCAACGAAGGCCAUUGCGUAAUCGCUCUCACCUGCGCCUCGUCCCCGCAGGCCGCCCAAGCCCCGCCCACCUCAGCCAGGAGUGACAUCACCCUCCUAAGCCCCUCCCCUCCAGCUGCUGUUCGCUCCUCUUUGCCACCCAGAGAGCCGCACGUGCGUGACAGGUGCGUGUCAAGGUCGUCGUGCGAGGCGAGGAUCUUUGACGGAGACGAGGCGAUCUUUGACUCACUUGCUGUCAAGGAUGACGAGAUGAUCUUUGGCCGCCAUCAGGGACGCCACGUGCGGGGGAGAUUGGCGGCCACACGGGGGUCAAGGCUCCGCCCACUUCCUGCCCACCUGAAUAAAAGCUCACCUUGCAGCUUCAGCAGCACAAAGUCUGCUCUGCUGUCCCACAAGUCAUCCUCACCUUUGACCUCUCCACUCCAGACAACCUCGACCCGUCAUGGCCUCCAGCUUGUCCCUGCGGGGUUUCUCCGUCAGCCGCCAGCCGUCUUUCUCCUGCCGCUCCCUGAUGGACACGGGCCACUCCCCCUCCCGCUCCCGCGCCUCCGUCUCCUUCUCCACCGCCGGCCCGUCGGCCCGCUCGGCCUCCGUCGGCCACGACCUCAACGGCCCGGCUGCUCUCCAGCUCAACGGGCUGCACGGCAGCGACGGGAAGGAGGCCAUGCAGAGCCUGAACAGCCGCCUGGCCAAGUACCUGGACAAGGUGCACACGCUGGAGCGCUCCAACGCCGACUUAGAGUCCAAGAUCCAGCAGCAGAUGUUGGCGCGCGUCCCCAAGGGCCACGACCUGGACUCCAUGAUGGUUCAGGCUCAUGCGGUAGAGCAAGAGGUGAGGAAGAAGACCUUGGACAACGCCCGUCUGAUGUUGGAGAUGGACAACGCCAAGCUGGCGGCCGACGACUUCAGAGUCAAGUGGGAGAUGGAGCUGGUCAUGUGUCAGUCGGUGGAGAGAGACUGCGUGGCGCUGAAGAAAGCCAAGAUGGAGCACGAGCAGAUCAUCGCCUCGCUCAGAGGAGAUCUGGACAGCCUGAAGGAGGAGCUCUACUUCCUUAGGAGGAACCACCAGGAGGAACUGGAACAGAUGAAGUCCCGCAUCGCCAAAGACGAGGUCAACGUGGAGGUGGACUCGGCCCAGGGACCGGAGCUGGGAACCAUCCUGUCUGACCUGAGGAUCCAGUACGAGGGAAUUGUGAAGAAAAACAAGGAACAUGCUGAG